AUGGCAGUGAGGUUAGAGGAAUCGUUGCCUGCCGAUAAUUUACAAGGGAUCAUCGUCGGAGCGCUCCUUUGUUUGCACGUCGAUUAUAGCGAUGUUGUGGAGGCCUCGUUGAAGCUGCCCGACCAUGGUUCGGAUGGCACGUUGAGUGACGAUGGAACGGAGCAAGGCGAAAUCAUCGAUCCGCUACUCCACGCUGACCUGUAUGAGGAGCAAAAGCAGGAAGAAGAGGAGGCCAAGAAGCAAGAGUUGCUCUCACAGCAAAGUACCCCUACUAGGAAGAUGACCGAGAUCCCGGGAAGGCUGCCGGAGGGGUUCUGUCCAUCGACAUCCAACUGCUACACAUAUUCUGCUCUGCUCCUCGGAAGACAAUUCCUGUUAUCCGGCAUCAAAGGCCUCAAAAACGACCGCGAGUUGAACUUGAAACAUCCUCUACCGCCGUCAGACAAACUCGACAUGUACCUCGUCCGUUCCAUCAACGAGUUCACCUUGUUUGCCGCUUUUCUCAACCGCUUUGAGUUUUUGGACGUCUACGUCAGAAGACACGUCGGCUGGCUGAGGGCGGAUCUGCUCUCAAAGGGUUUCAUCAACAAGUUGAUCGCACUGUACCCCAACUUCAACUCGCUGCCGACGAAGUGUGCGAUCCUGAACGUCAUGUGCGAGCUUCCUCGUGACGGGGUACAGUACGCCCUGGCCGAUCCGAAGGGCAAACUUUUUGACGUGGUUCAGACCCAGAUCGAAGACAUGUUCUCCACGCACACAAACAUGAUUCAAGAGACGUUUCUUUACCUUACCGUACUCGCCAGAACGGGAUACAUCGAAUGGAAUCGGGUAGAGGAUAUCGUGGAACAGGUUCUGGACCGGACGCCAAGACAAGCGGCUAGAAAUGCCCUCUCCGCCCUCGACGUGCUCGUCUGCGAGAACCUGAUAGCUCAGAAGAAAGCUGGAACUCACUUGUGGAGAAUCUGGCUCCAGCGAGCUGCUCAAUUCAUGGAAUGGGACCCUGAAGGCUCCUCCGUCGUUUGGACGAUAUUUUUGCAUGGCGCGAGGAGGGAUGAGCAAAGCGGAAUUUUCGACGUCAUCUGGAAGGCCACCACCGAGGCCAAGGAGCACGACGUCGAGCUGGAGGAGCUGAUCAUCUUUAUGCUCCAAUCGAUGUCGUAUUGCUUGAGGAGUGAAAAACUGCCAAAAUUCUCGUCUUGCCUGCGUUUCCAUACCACCACGGAACCGUCAAUCAACCCGAAGUUUAAGGGUCACACGUUCAACAUCACCAUCCUCCUCCUCGUCGACCUCAUCCAAACCGAGAGCCUCUCGAACUCCCAUCUGGCCAAGCUUUUCGACCCUGCUGCAGCUGUCAAUCUACCACUUCUCCUAGUUACAAUUGCUGAGCGCAAAAUGGUGGACAUCUUCGUCAGUGCUCUAAACGACGAGUCAUUCGAGCUGUUCCUAUCUACAGUGGCUGUCGGGGCGAAGGAGAGCUUGAAUAUUAAGGAUAAGUCGCAGCGGAAGCACUUCUUUACCGUAGCUAUACAGGCGGCUGAGGAAUGUGCAAUUGGGAGGGCAGCCGAACCAGAAGACCAGCGAAAAUGCCUAGCGAACGCCCAGGAGCUGAUCGACACCCUUGAAGACUUUAUUGCUCAGGAUCCGGAGAUCGCGCUCCAGUUUUACGCAAAAAUGCAGCCAGUGCUUCUCACCACAAGCCUGAACGUCUCCGACCUCACUGAAGGCACAGUUCAUGAUCUACUCAAAUGGAUUUGGGCAAAUAUGCCCACCGGCCCUAUCGAGCUGCUCGGCGAAUUCUUGGCGGGUGUCUCUGUGGAUUCCGAUAAUUACCGUUACACCUCUGAACUCUUUGAUAUUGUGCAGCAUAUUUCGAGGCUCUAUCGUACCCAGAAAAUCCCCAGUCGAAAGCCCGGGAUGAAGAAAUUGGAAGAGGUGGUUAGAGUAAUGUUUCGACAUCCUCUGCUCCAUUCGAUGGCGAUGGUGCCGGAAACGGCGAUGAACAACUAUGAUGUGCUGACUGAUUUCGCCUGGAGGGUCAACUGGCUCGGCUGGACGACACGACAGCAGUUUGAGGACUCUUGGAUGAGUUUGUUUGGAGUACUAUCGAGUACUCCAACGGGUUCUGAAUUGACACAGGAGAAUGCUACUCAAUACACCGAGCAAAUUCUCUCCUCGGCCAAAUCGGUCGAAGCCUUGACUGAACUGCUACUAUCUUCAUUGCUAUAUCCCGAGCCCGGAAACUCGAUCUGCAGUCACUUUGUUGUGAAGCACCGGGAAAGGACGGAGACCUAUCGUAGCAAGUCUAUCCGGCAGCUAACUUCAAUCAAAGCGAGGCUUCUUGGGGACAAGGACCCAUCUACUGUUUUCCAGCGGAAUAUCGAGAGAUUGAUCCCGGAAGUCGGAUGGAACCCGAGAUUAAAAGCUUCGGUGUCGGAAUAUCUACUUCGAAUGAACUGCGAGCUCGACACUGCUUCAUCGCCGAGGAUUAGAAUACCUGUCGUUGCCGCUACUUUCUGCGACUGUACGAUCGAUGGCACUCUCUCCGACCUCUUCGACGACUCGACGUCCUACCUCCUGCUAUACGAGCAGAUGAGGAACAUCUACAAUAGUCGAAUCCUGCAACACCACCCCGACUUUGGCUACGUCAUCUACUCGAUUCUGAAGGCAGUGACGGUGCUCGGAGUCGAACCUCUCGAAUCGAAGCUGAGCGAGCUCGACUUUGGGAAGCACUUACUAGGCUUUGUGGAGAUGGGAUUGACAUCGCAUUAUGCGGUAGUACGGGAACACACCCUCCACGGCGUCCUGUACUUCUUGCAGUCGAUGGCAGGCGAGUCGAUGCGUCCGAUCAUUCAGUACAAGCUCUGCGAAGCACUCUUGGUCGCAAAUCUACCGCACUGGACCCUCGAGCUAAUCACUGCCGGAAUCGAGACCCUCAUCUUUCAUUCAACCGCCUUUUCGGAACAGUUUGCAGCUGUGGCUAGAGAAAGCUUCCAAGAUUACCACUUCCACACGGGAAAGUUUCCAUAUGCCCUGCGGAUCUUUGUGGAUUGUAUUUUCCGAGAGGAAGCCGAUCCGUCUCGAAACAGCGCCCACAAAUUCCAGCCGCUGCUGCAAACUGCUAUCGGAUUAAUACAUCGUUGCUACCCUGCCGACGCCUUGCUUCUUGCCAAGGUCUUCCCACCCAUCCUCCGACGACUUUAUAAAGAUCACAAAGCCCUUGAAAUCAUCCUUGACAUGCUGUUCCCCGACCAGAAAAUUCACCUCCCCGAGAAUGCGCAUGCCGUCUUUGUUAUCAUUUUGAGCUAUGUCAACCCGCCACCACAAAACACGUUGCCUCCACCCCCAACGACUACGGCCAAAGGUGGCCAAGAAGAAAUGAGUAUCGUCGAAAUUACGGUAACUGAUGAGGCGGUGAUCGAAAAUGAGUACUCGUCCACCUCGACGAUGUUUAUGAGACCCUUCUCCCCGGCGCCGGCCCCGAUGAUGCCGAUGCCCCCAGGAUUUGCGGCUGAUAUG